GUUGGACCAGAGCAGACGCAGCUAGGGUCCACCUCUCUAACACAGACCCAACUCUCCUCCAUCACUUCUAACACAGACCUAGUGCUGCUUGGUUUACCUCAGAGCGUCACAGCAAGACUAAAACCAGACUGGAUACCUCACUCCUCUACCGAACUGGUGUCUCACUGUCCUGGCUACUGUCAACACUGCUGUCAACCUACUUUUUCUUGGAGGAAUUUCCAGGUAAGCAACAUACAGUAUUUGACAAGAGUUGAAGAAUAUCACCACAUAGUGAAGUUCACAUUGUUGUUGGUGCAAAAAGUUAUUGCUAAUGCACAAAAUUCCUUUCUUAGGGGAGGAAUCAACUGACGCCAAGUCUGAUUGAAUUAAUUUACCAUAUGUUAUCAAAAGAGCAAUUGCCUGAAGAAUCUUUGAUUUGUCAACAUAUAGGCUAUUUAAACACACAGCAUUUACCUAUAAGAAACAGUCAAUUCCAGUUGAAAACUAAUUCAACACUUAAAUCAAGACAUAUUUUAAUGUUAUUUUAUAUGGUUCCUGUCGUUAUGGACUGAUUGACGUGUACUAAGGAUAUACAUAGCCGCAAUUCAUAGUGAAGUUCUUAAUCACAAUUCAGAGAAAAGACAGACCCAGUUUCUGGCAUGUGGAAAAGGGGCUUUAGUCCAACAUAUUACAGUCAGUGAGAUGAAUUUUAUUAUAUCUCUAAAAUUCAGUAUUUAAAAUGGCAUCUUCAAAGCCCAAAACUCAAUUUGCUUGAAAUCUCAAUAAAAAGUGUGAAGGUUCUUCAUAACAUACAUUACGUCAUCUAUGGGAAACAUAUGGGUGUCCUAUAUGGGAAACAUAUGGCUUUUAUGUAUAUGUUAUUUUGACUCCCAGACAGAACAUGUGAUUUUAAUCUGAAUUAGAUAUAUUAUACAUAGGUGACAUUACAGGCAUGUUGUGCCUCAGCUCUGACAGGUGAUUUAAGACUGGAGAGAAACUCCUCUCUAGUGUAUAGAUAUGGGUUAUGUUAAAUCCAUCAAUAUAAGGACCAACUGGCUGUCAGUUACUUGUUAUGAACUUGGUACGUGACAUGUCAUCAGGUGUGCACCAAAGAUUGGGGGUGUUUUAAGUACUGUGGUACACAUUUUUUUAUUUUCACACAAUAUAUUUUAUACGCAGCAAAGCCUGCAUGAUCACUUACUGACAAUGAUUUAAAAGCACAACUAACAAACCCAUAGGGCGGCGCACAAUUGGCCCAGCGUCGUCCGGGUUUGGCCGGGGUAGGCCGUCAUUGUAAAUAAGAAUUAGUUCUUAACUGACUUGCCUAGUUAAAUAAAAGAAAAGAAAAAGAAAUAAAUAAAUAACAUUAUGACUAGCAAACAUGUAGCCUAGACUGCUGCACCACAACCUCUCUCUAUUUCCAUUCCUGUCAUCAGUGAUGUGUGUGUGAUGUGUUUUGGGAUGUAGUCUAAAAAUAGAGAGUGAACAAAUGUGAACGAUGAUGAAGGCCAGUGAUGAAGAUGCGUGUAGUGACUUGCAGGCGCCGAGGCUCAGCGUGAGGACUCCAUCAUGAUUUAUGGCAAUGUCUGGAUGGCUGACCAUAUGAAGGCUAUUACAAGAGUCAAACACACCUUAUCAGUGGCUUUCUCCAGGGCCGGACGUUCCCACAGAGAAUAAAAGACGGGUGGAAACUUUGUUCACGGAGUCAUUGUAAACCUUCUGGUGCAGCGUUCCAUUACACUACAGUGGGUUUUUAUACGUUUAGACUUUUAGAUAUUUUGUAUCUUUUGACAUUGAAGAAUUCUGGUAUGAACCAUCUGAUAAUUGUAUUCUUAUUGCGUAACUGUAAUAAAUCUGAUUACUUUUAAAUGAAUAUAUUCCUUUAAUUUUUAUUUUAUGUUUGGUCUAAUGAUAAACGUUAUUCACACUACACAUAGCAUAUAUGCUUGGUCUCUUAACUGUGCAGCUCUGAGCCUAGAUUAACUCAAUCAUUUAAGGCUAGGACAUUGAUCGCAAGAUACAGUGUUAGCUUUUUGUCUCUCAGCCUCUUAAUAAUUGCAUUACGGUUAUCUUGGACACAUGUAACUGACUGACUGUAUAAAACAUUAGGAACAACUUCCUAAUAUUGAGUUGCACCCCACCCUUUUGCCAGAACAGCCUUAAUUCGUCGGGGCAUGGACUCUACAAGGUGUCGAAAGCGAUCCACAGGGAUGCCGGCCCAUGUUGAAUCCAAUGCUUCCCACAGUUGUGUCAAGUUGGCUGGAUGUCCUUUGGGUGGUGGACCAUUCUUGAUACACACAGGAAACUGUUGAGUGUGAAAAAUCCAGCAGUGUUGCAGUUCUUGACACAAACCGGUGCACCUGACACCUACUACCAUACCCCGUUCAAAGGCACUUAAAUAUUUUGUCUUGCCCAUUCACCCUCAGAAUGGCACACAUACACAAUCCAUGUCUCAAUUGUCUCAAGGCUUAAAUAUCCUUGUUUAACCUGUCUCCUCCCCCUUCAUCUACACUGUUCUGAAGUGGAUUUACAAACUGACAUCAAUAAGGGAUCAUAGCUUUCACCUGGAUUCACCUGGUCAGUCUAUGUCACGGAAAGAGCAGGUGUUCCUAAUGUUUUGUCCAGUCAGUGUACAGAAUUCCGAGUGGUGAUGCAAAGCUUGCUACCUUCACUAGCCCCAUGGGAUACGCUCAUGCUGCCCUACAGCAUCCACACGGUAAUGGAGUCAGAUUGAAGACUAUAUUAUGGUCGUAUUACUCCUACACUAUCUCGUUUAUGCUGCCCUACCAAGCAAAAAGGCAGUUACUGCUCAUAGCGUGGAACUGAGAAAAAUGGCUUUUAUGCAGUUACUGCUAACAUUACCCCCAUUUUCUCCAAAACCCAAUAUAAUAGAGGCAGGAUACUUGUCCACAUGAUUAAGCAUGUAUUUAAUGUAGCAAAAAUGACAACUCAUUUUCGACCAAAUGAGCAGUUACUGCCUUUUUGCUUGGUAGGGCAGUAUGGACCUAUAGCAUUCACACGAUAAUGGAGUCAGAUUGAAGACUAUAUUAUGGUCGUAUUACUCCUAAACUAACUCCUGUCAUCCUCAGAUAGAGUGGAUUUUCACUAUUUUUUUGGUCUGGCAGUAUGUUUUAUUCUCACUCAGAGGGGUAUUUCAACAAGCAGCUGGAGUCAGCAAGGGUGGUGAGACAGGAAGAGGGGGAGGGGGGAGGAAACUGGCCAAAAUUGGCCCGCUCAUCAUGGGUCAUUAUCAUACCAACGACAGACAUGAUAAAUUGUGGCUCCCUCAUAGACCCUCUGCACACAUGGCAUGACAAACAGCUUAGCCUCUAACCACCAAGGUCAGCACAAGGCAAUGCACCGACAACACAAGAAACCGUAGCUUGUUUUAUUUGCCCUCAAGGUGAAUAUUUUGCCAUUUGGGAGGUACCGUACUUGUCAUCAACCUUUUGAAGUGGGAUUUUGUAAUUGAGCUCUUGAAUGCGUAGGCCUACUAGCACAGGCAUGCAAUAAGUAUUUAAUGCUAUGCAUUCUCUAAGGAAAAAUCUUAUGGGUUUUUUCCCUUAUGAAUUCAGCAAUAGCUCUGUGCAUUUGGAGAUAUGGAAACACCUAAAACAAUAUUCUAAAACGAAUUCCCAGAAUUCUUACACUCUUAACCUAAAAGGGUUAUUCGGAUGUCCCCAUAAGAGAACCCUUUGAAGAACCCUCUUUGGAAAGGGUUCUACAUGGAACCCCAAAAGGUUCUACCUGGCUGGAACCAAAAAUGAUGCUCCUAUGGGGACAGCCAAAGAACCCUUAUGGAACCCUUUUUUCUAAGAGUGUAGGUCAAAGUUACGAAACCAAGAGAUGCAGAAAUGAAUACAACCAAACACUGUAGCUAGGCCUACUUUCAACAACUUAAUACAUCUCCAGCCCUUUGUGCUUUUGUAAUAUUAGCAUGUUGUACUACCACUUAAGAAGAUCAGGAUUUAUUUGCACUAUUUCAGGAAUUCUAGAGUUGCAAAUGUUCAAUCACAAUAACAAUAGCUAUACGGCUGUGUCUUCAUGUUGUCCCAGGUCGGAUGAUGGCGUGAGAGACCUGCCAUGGCUGCUGAGGGUGUCACUGUCCUGGCUCCCUGGCUGAGGCUGAGGGCAGUGCUGCUGCUGUAUCUGGUGCUGCUCCUCUCCCCCCUGGCCCUGUGUGCCCCAUGCCCCAGGGGCUGCAGCUGCCCUGGCAUCAAGGAGGUACACUGUACCUUCAGCCACCUCACCUCUGCCCCACGCAACCUGCCCAAGGACACAGAGAGGGUUAACCUGGGGUAAGACUGCUCCUGUACUCCAAAUACUGUAUAAAUGUUCUAUUUAAUGAAAUGGGGGUCAUGUGAUGUCAAAAUAUAAUGUACUGGAGUGUGACGAGGUUGUGAGCUAUUUGUCAUGUGAUGUCAAAAUGUCAUGUUCUGGAGUGUGACGAGGUUGUGAGCUAUGGUCAUGUGAUGUCAAAAUGUCAUGUUCUGGAGUGUGACAAGGUUGUGAGCUAUCAUCAUGUGAUGUCAAAAUGUCAUGUUCUGGAGUGUGACAAGGUUGUGAGCUAUCAUCAUGUGAUGUCAAAAUGUCAUGUUCUGGAAUGUGACGGGGUUGUGAGCUAUCCUCAUGUGAUGUCAAAAUGUCAUGUUCUGGAGUGUGAAGAGGUUGUGAGCUAUCAGGUAGCUUAGUGGGUAAGAGCGUUGUGCCAGUAACCGAAAGGUCGCUGGUUCUAAUCCCCAAGCUGACUAGGUGAAAAAUCUGUCGAUGUGCCCUUAAGCAAGGCACUUAACCCUAAUUGCUCCUGUAAGUCGCUCUGGAUAAGAGCGUCUGCUAAAUGACUAAAAUGUAAAUGUAAAUGUCAAAAUGUCAUGUUCUGGAAUGUGACGGGGUUGUGAGCUAUCCUCAUGUGAUGUCAAAAUGUCAUGUUCUGGAGUGUGAAGAGGUUGUGAGCUAUUGUCAAAAUGUCAUGUUCUGGAGUGUGACCAGGUUGUGAGCUGUCAAAAUGUCAUGUUCUGGAGUGUGAAGAGGUUGUGAGCUAUCGCCAUGUGAUGUCAAAACGUCAUGUUCUGGAGUGUGAUGAGGUUGUGAGCUAUCGUCAUGUGAGGUGAAAAUGUCCCUCCAUUUUCCGCCACUAUUGUUUACCCCAACUAAGUUUGUUACUUUUUUGAAAGCAUAAACUCACACACACACAUUAACGUACUAACAAAUGAAGCAAAAUGUAUACUACUGUAGUGAACUGCAAGGCAGGGAAGCGAUACCGGAUCGGUGGCAUGAAAGGCGAACACCCUACGCAUUGCCUCAAAAUGAUGAACCUACUUGGUGGGAAUUGUAACAUGGCUUAUAUAGCGAGGAUCGCUACAUUGCCCCCUCCGAACGGGAGGGCACAUCUCCGUGCUUCGACCAACUGCGUCCCCCUCACACGUCCGGUCGUGCGUUCUGAUGGUCUCACGGCCGCCAUCCCACUUCUGACACAGAGAAAGCCACGGAUAAGGACGGCGGGGGAGGAAAGCGAACCUGGGUCAUUGGCGUGAAAAGCAAACAGACGCAUCACUAUAUGAGCCACCUGACGCAUCACUUGGUGGCUCAUAUAGCGUUGAUCGCUACACUAUUAAAAAUAAACUCCAACACACCAGUAAUCUUGAUGCUUCCAAUAAUUUAAUGGAUCUUAUUAUCACCAAUGUUACGGUCUCACAUGACCUUCCUCCAUCGAUGUACACUCCCCUCCAUAUGUAUUUUGACAGUGAAGCUAUUCUACUUAGCUCUAUACUCCAGGGUUAUUUGAGGGUACAGUGAGGAUAAAAAGGUUGUGAACCCUUAGUAUUUUCACAUAUCGAACCUAAAAUGUUAUUAGAUCUUAAUAUGAGCCCCAAUAUUUGAUAAAGAUAACCUGAUUAAACAAAUUACACAAAAACAUGAUACUUGUAACAUUUAUUUAUCCACAAAUGAUUCAACAUUCAAUAUCCAUGCGUGAAAGAGUAUGUGAACCUUUAGGUUCAGUAAGGGGUGGCACCCCAUUGAGCAGAAAUGACUUCAACUAAGCGUUUCCUGUAACUGUUGGUCAGUCUCUCACAUCGGUUUUGAGGAAUUUUGGCCCAUUCCUCCUUACAGAACUGUUUCCACUCGGUUCUUUUGAGGGCUUCCUUGCAUGGACAGCUGGCUUCAGGUCCUGCCACAACAUUUCCAUGAGGUUUAGGUCCAGACUUUGACUAGGCCAUUCUAAAAUGUGGAAUAUCUUCUUCUGCAGCCAUUCUUUUGUAGAUCUGCUUGUAUGUUUAGGAUCAUUCUCUUGCUGUAUGACCCACUUUCGGUUCAGCUUCAGCACAAGGACAGAUGGCCUGACAUUCUCCUCUAGAAUCUUCUGAUACAAUGCAGAAUUCAUGGUUGUGUCAAUGAUGGCAAGCCAUCCAGGUCCUGAGGCAGCAAAGCAUCCCCAAACCAUCACACUCCCACCACCAUGCUUGACGGUUGGGAUGAGGUUCUUCUGUUUGAAUGCUGUGUUUGGUUUUCGACAAACAUAACAUUUCUCAUUGAGGCCAAAAAAGGUUAUACCUUUGAUUCAUCUGUCCAGAGAACACGCCAUUAAAUCGAGUUAAGGAGGAUAUUUGCACCUUUGCAGCCUGAAUGGAGAAUGCUAUAUGUACAAACUUGUCCACGGGGAAACAAGUGUAUACACCUUCCCAAAGAUUGCCUAUUAUAUUGACAAGAUAGUCAAGUGACCGCUCUAACAAUGGUAAUACAUGUCCUCAAAGAUGGAAGGCGGGAGGGAAGCGGCGAAAUCAGGUGGGACUAUUUUAGCCAAUAAGAAGGCAGAUACGCAUGUGAACAUUAUACUGUCUGUGACAGCAUGGGCAGCGCUACUGAGUCUAUCUCCAUGUUAAAGUAGUCAAUUUUCUUCUUCUUCAUUGGCUGUUUGCUCCCAACUCAUAUGAAUCCCCACCCAGGUGACUACUUUAAAAUGGUGGAAGCCCUCAAUGGCAGUGUCCAUGCUAAAACGGAUUAUAUCCAUGAUGGGUCCUCUAUCUCUGACAACAGGCACAACUCCGACAUAAAGUUUUUUUUUUUUCUAAGUUUCCGAAAUGCCACGUGAGUCCACUUAUAUCAAUGCAUUCGUAACAACCUAACCAUAACGAAACUUAUAUUCAAUCAAAUAUGCCUCACGUUGCAAAUUAGCAAUUUAAAAAACUUGUUAUCCAAAGUCAACACUCUCUCAUUGACCUCCAUAUAAAAAUUGCGCACUUUGUGGGCUUAUUUUCAUGGACCGAUUUUGGGCAGAGUAAAACCUCUCGCUUCGCCUCUUCCUCGCUGCCUUCCCUUUGGACAGUAAGAUGAAACGACUCAAUAUCGCCAUCUGCUGGCCUUUGGGCUAGUUCCACACCAGCUACACCGAAUAAAAAUCUAAACGCAGUAUGCAACAAUUUUACUGAGUUAUAGUUCAUGUAAAUAUUUAAUUAAAUUGUAUUUGUCACAUGCGCUGAAUACCUUACAGUGAAAUACUUACAAGCCCUUAACCAACAAUGCAGUUUUAAGAAAGAAUACCCCCCAAAAAAUCACAAAACAAUACAAUAUAAAAUAAUCCUAAAUAAAAGUAACAAAUAAUUAAUUAAUUAAAGAGCAGCAGGAAAAAUAACAAUUACGAGGUUAUAUACAGGGAGUACCGGUACAGAGUCAAUGUGCGGGGUCACCGGUUAGUCGAGGUAAUUGAGGUAAUAUGUACAUGUGACUAUGCAUAAACAGAGAGUAGCAGCAGCAUAAUAGAGGGGGGGGGGGGGGGGGGGGGGGGGGGGGGGCACUGCAAAUAAUCUGGGUAGCCAUUUGAUUAGAUGUUCAGGAGUCUUAUGGCUUGGGGGUAGAAGCUGUUUAGAAGCCUCAUGGACCUAGACUUUGUGCUCCGGUACCGCUUGCCGUGCGGUAGCAGAGAGAACAAUCUAUGACUAGGGUGGCUGGAGUCUUUAACCAUUUUUAGGGCCGUCCUCUGACACCGCCUGGUAUAGUGGAAAUCAGUCAAUUGAAAUAAAUUAAUUUGGCCCUAAUCUCUGGAUUUCACAUGACUAGGAAUACAGAUAUGCAUCUGUUGGUCACAGAUACCUUCUUUCUUUUUAAGUAGGCGCGUGGAUCAGAAAACCAGUCAGUAUCUGGUGUGACCACCAUUUGCCUCAUGCAGUGCGGCUGUGCGAAGUUGCUGGAUAUUGGCGGGAACUGGAAUACGCUGUCGUACACGUCGAUCCAGAGCAUCCCAAACAUGCUCAAUGGCUGACAUGUCUGGUGAGUAUGCAGGCCAUGGAAGAACUUGGACAUUUUCAGCUUCCAGGAAUUGUGUACAGAUCCUUGCGACAUGGGGCCGUGCAUUAUCAUGCUGAAACAUUAGGUGAUGGCGGCGGACGAACGGCACGACAAUGGGCCUCAGGAUCUCAUCAUGGUAUCUCUAUGCAUUCAAAUUGCCAUUGAUAAAAAUACAAUUGUGUUCGUUGUCCGUAACUUAUGACUGCCCAUACCAUAACCACACCGCCGCCGUGGGGCACUCUGUUCACAACGUUGACAUUAGCAAACCGCUCGCCCACACAACACCAUACACACCGUUUGCCAUAUGCCCGUUACAGUUGAAACCGGGAUUUAUCCAUGAAAAGCACACUUCUCCAGCAUGCCAGUGGCCAUCAAAGGUGAGCAUUUUCCCCACUGAAGUCGGUUACAACGCCAAACUGCAAUCAGGUCAAGACCCUGGUGAGGACGAAAAGCACGCAGAUGAGCUUCCAUGAGACGGUUUCUGACAGUUUAUGCAGAAGUUCUUCAGUUGUGCAAACCCACAGUUUCAUCUGCUGUCUGGGUGGCUGGUCUCAGACGAUCCCGCAGGUGAAGAAGCCGGAUGUGGAGGUUCUGGGCUGGCAUGGUUACACGUGGUCUGCGGUUGUGAGGCUGGUUGGACGUACUGCCAAAUUCUCUAAAACGACGUUGGAGGUGGCUUAUGGUAGAGAAAUUGACAUUCAAUUAUCUGGCAACAGCUCUGGUGGACAUUCCUGCAGUCUGCAUGCCAAUUGCGCGCUCCCUCAAAACUUGAGACAUCUGUGGCAUUGUGUUGUGUGACAAAACUGCAAAUGUUUUAUUGGUCUUUUAUUAUCCCAGCACAAAUCAGAUCAAAUCAAAUGUAUUUAUUUAUAAAGCCCUUUUUACAUCAGCAGAUAUCACAAAGUGCUUAUACAGAAACCCAGCCUAAAACCCCAAACAACAAGCAAUGCAGAUGUAGAAGCAUGGUAGCUAGGAAAAACUCCCUAGAAAGGCAGGAACCUAGGAAAAAACCUAGAGGUGAACCAGGCUCUGAGGGGUGGCCAGUCCUCUUCUGGUUGUGCCGGGUGGAGAUUAUAAGAGUCCAUGGCCAUUAAGGCCAGAUUGUUCUUCAAGAUGUUCAAACGUUUAUAGAUGACCAGCAGGGUCAAAUAAUAAUCACAGUGGUUGUAGAGGGUGUAACAGGUCAGUACCUCAGGAAUAAAUGUCAGUUGGGUUUUCAUAGCCGAGCAUUCAGAGGUCGAGACAGCAGGUACCUAUGUAAUGAUCAUGCUGUUUAAUCAGCUUCUUGAUAUGCCACACCUGUCAGGUGGAUGGAUUAUCUUGGCAAUGGAGAAAUAAUCACUAACAGGGAUGUAAACAAAUUUGUACACAAAAUAUGUGAGAAAUAUUAAUAUUUAUUAUUUCAGCUCAUGAAACAUGGGACCAACACUUGAAAUGUUGCGUUUCUAUUUUUGUUCAGUGUAAAUAGACUGUCGGGUCCUCUAUCUUAAUAAUACACAAUAUGAUAGGCCUACAUGUUCUGGUUUUAUUUGACAGCCCAGUUUAACAUGGUAGCCUACUUACAAGAAACUAUGGGGCGCUCUGGGUUAUGGGAAUUUAACUGAUAUAUAAUCGUUUUUAAAGAACGCCAUGUACUUGCACCAAACAAUCCAUGGUACAUGUUGGGGGGUUCUGUUGUUGGAAUGGCUUACACUGGUGUAACAUAUUUUAAAUAACUUUCCUUGCCAAUAGAUUGCUCGAUCUGUUCCAUGUCUUUGAGGAUUUCUCAGGAUUAUUGGCUCUUUACUUGGCUCUUGGGUUGAUGUUUAUAUUUCACACAGGCAGGCAGCUCCUGCAACAUUCUCAUGUUGUUCCCUCCCUCUCUAUGUCUCUCUCUCUGUAGCUAUAACAGCCUCCAGGCAGUGGGAGGGUCAGAGUUCAAAGAACUCCGCCAGCUGGAGAUGCUUAUGCUCCAUGGGAAUGACAUCACGACCGUAUCUUCAGGAGCGUUUUACAGCCUGCGCUCUCUGCAGGUAAGGUCCCCCGACAGACUGGCUGGCACCAAGGGGAGUCUGUCAUCAUAUUCAAGACAAGAAGGAUAACCUACAUAGAUGCAUAACAGUCAGGGGAUUGUGUCUCACUACUAAACAUUCAGUCACUUGUCUACAGGCAAUCGAUUUUUUUAACCAAUUUGUCUUUCUUGCCAGAUUCUGAAGCUGAGCUACAACAAGCUGGAGGCCAUCACCCCUGGUAUGUUUGAGGGCUUGGUCAGCCUGGUGCGACUCCACCUGGACCGCAACAACAUAGACUUCAUCGAGCCGUACACCUUCAGUGGGCUAACAUCAUUAAAACUCCUACAGUUAGAGGGGAACAAGCUGAGGGACCUCCACCCACACAGCUUCAUCACCCUCUCUCUCCUGGGGAACUUCUGGAGCUCUGGGCUGCGUCACCUCCACCUGUCGGACAACCAGCUGCACUACCUCCAGCCUGGGACCCUGCAGCCCCUCAGCAAACUGGAGCUGCUCCCUAAUGGAAGUGGAACCUGUGAAGUUUCCCGUGGGUGCCGGGGGGGAACAAAAAACAGAGGGGAGGCCCCUUUGCUUGGGGGUGAGGAGAGAAGAGAGAGGCCCAGAGAGCGGGGAGGAGCGAGGGGGGGGGAGGGAGAAAAGAGGGAGAGAGGCGAAAAGGAGGGGGCGCCCGGGACGGGCAAAGCGAGCGAGCCUACCGCCAGAGCGGAGAGGCCGCGCGGGCGAGAGAGGCGCCGAGGAGAGACGGAGAGAAGAGAGGAGAGAGAAACGAGGCGCGGGAGGAGAGUGCCGGAGGAGAGCCGAGGAUGGAGAGAAGCCCACGGCAGCGGAGAGAAGCGGCCAGGAGCGGAAAGAAGAACAAGGGGCCGCGGGAGAGAGAGCGCGACACAAGGGAAUCCCGCCCGCGAGGAGGAGGAAAAGGGGACCAAACCGACCAAGCAAGCCCCAAAGACAAAGGGGGCCAAAACAGGGAAGAGAGAGAUUGAAGGGGACGGGAAAAGCGCGACGGAGAAAACAGAAAGGAGAACCAGGGCCAGCGACCCAGAGGAGCGGAACAACAAGAAGGAACAAAGGAGACGAAGAACGCGUCAAAGCCGAAAGAGCCGAUGAAUAGUUCCAUAUGACCCUCUAUAGCUAUAGAUUCCUUCCUAAAUUUUCCCUCUAUAUGCAUCUCCUUUCUCCUCUCCCCUCUCUUAUUUCUUCUGCUUUUUAGUCCAGUGUUUCCAUUCUGGUUCUUCCAAAUUGCCAUUUGUAGCUGUUUAACUGUAAAGUUGCGUUUGAAUACCCAGAGGAAAAAAACCCCCACUCCUCCUAACUUGGGGGCCUUCCCUGGGCCGGGCCCGGACCCCAGGGGGGCGAGGGACACACAGGGGGAGGUCCGCGGGCCCCGGACGCCCCCGAAACGGACGGGGAGGAGGAAGAGGGGCGAUGGCCCAAGCGGAGGAACGGGAAGCGGGAGAGAGAGAGGGGAGGGGAGGGAGAAGCGAGUUGGGAGGGGCGCGCGCGGCGAGAGCGAGGCAGGCGAGAAGAGGGGCGCGGGGGAGCGAGCGCGAGCCAGGAGGAGGAAAGGCGGGAGAGAGGGAGAAGGGAGAGGAGCCGGCGAGAGAGAAGCAGGCGCCCCCCAGGGAGGGGCGGAGGGAGAGGGGGAAAGGGGAACGCGCGGGGUUGGAAAACCCGGGGCAAAGAAAAGAGAGGGGAAAAAAGCAAGCCCCCCCAAAGGAACUAAGAAAGGGAAAAUAUGGAAGAGCUUUCUCCCCAAGGGGGAAAAUCUCCAUACCCUUAUACAUAAUUGUCUUUUACCAUGAUAUACCUAUCUCUUUUUUAAUAUUUUUUUAUUUUCUAUCUACCUUAUAUUUCUCCCUCCAAAUAAUUGCCGUUUUUUUACCUUUUCCUUGGUUAUUUCUCCCAAUUCCAAUUCGCCAAGGUAACAAACCCGGGGAAGGGAAAGGUAGCAAAGGGGGGGGAGCAAGACAUAGCCGGGGAAAGCCAGGGCGGACGAAACUGCCAGGCGAACGGGGGGAAGACAAAAGAAGCAUGGACGGGAGCCAAAUCCUCGUACAUGCUUUUCUCUCUUCGCCCCAAACCUUGUUUCCUAUCUUCUCUUUUUAUAUAUUUUUUUUAUUCUUCUCUCUUUUCUUCUCCUUUUGUUCUUUUCUUCUCUCUUUCUUGUCUUCUGUUCUUUUUUCUUUCUUCUUGCUUGCCUGUUUUUUUUUGUCUAUUCUCUUCUCUGUCUUUCCUCUUCUCUUCUUCUCUCUCUUUUCUCUCUCUCCCUCUUCUCUCUUUCUUCUCCUUUUCUCUGUUUCUCUGUCUCCCCUUCCUUGUCUCCCCUUUCUUUAAUAUUUUUAACCCCCUCCUCUAUCUUUGGUUCUCCCUCUCUUUGGGCCCGUCCGGGGCCUCGGCCGUGCUUGCGCUUUUUGGGUCCCUCAAAGGUGGCGCCGUCUUUUCCCCCCAAGAAAACCCCCCCGGGCCGGCCCCCGGCCCCCCCCUUUUCCCUCCCCCGGAAAACGUGGGCUGCCGUGGGGCCCGGCAGAAGACCUCCCAGAGUGGACUCGGGGGCCGGGUUGCAACUUAAAAAUGUUCCCAGGGUAGCGGUAACAUGGAAGUUAGGGUUCCUGAAGAUACGAAAAACAAUGCUUUCUAGCGUGACGUAAUGAACCGAAGAGGAUAAACAUCACUCAAUUUGCAAGCAUCUUCGAGCAUAGAUCGGCCUCAUCUCUCUAUAUCAUGCUCCUAUCGAUAGAUCCAGUAUCCUUAUCUCUCUAUCUCUCUCUCUCUAUCUUCUCUCUCUCUCUCUCUUCUCUCUUCUCUUCCUCUCUCUCUCUCUCUCUUCUCCUUCUCUACUCUCUCUCUUCUCUCUCUCUCUCUCUCUAUAUCUAUAUAUAUAUAUAUAUAUAUCUUUCUCUCUCUAUCUCUAUAUCUCUCUAUCUCGCUCUUUUCCUUUCUCUGUCUGUCUGUCUCUCUUUCUCUCUCUCUCUCUCGCUCUCUGUCUUUCUUUCUGUCUGUCUCUGUCUCUGUCUCUGUCUCUGUCUCUGUCUCUGUCUCUGUCUCUGUCUCUGUCUCUGUCUCUCUCUCUCUAUCUCUCUCUCGCUCUCUCUCUCUCUCUCUCUCUCUCUCUCUCUCUCUCUCUCUCUCUCUCUCUAUCUGUUUCUCUGUCUGUCCCUCGCUCUGUCUCUCUCUGUGUCUCUCUGUCUCUGUCAGGAGUGAUUAAGUGUAAGAAGGAGCGGGACGCUGCCUCUAGUGAGAGCUGUGUUGUGUGCUCCUCACCUCAGUCCUUAAAUGGCAGCCAGGUCCUGGGGCUGUCUGCUGGCCAGCUGGCCUGUGAGCGUCCCUCUCUGGAGUCCCCUCUGAAGCAGUGGGACAGCCCCGGUUGGGACGACACGGACUCAGAGCCCGACCUGCCCUACACCAGGGACCUGGAACGUCCCCUGGGCCACCUCACCUUCGUCCUGACCGACAGCCACGGGAACAAAGCGCACGUGGCCUGCGACGUCCGGCGGCCCAGCAAGAGCUCCUCCAUGACGUGGGAGAACCUGCGGACGUCUGGGGAGGUGGCGGUCAAUGUGAGCCUGGUCAGCCUGCUGGAGUGUGAAAUCGAUCGGGACGCUCUGCAGAACCUCUGGAGGUUGGUGGCCUACUACUACGAGAGCCCCGCCCUCCUGGAGAGGGGGAUGAGGAGGGAGAACACCAGCAGAGUCACGUUUCAGUACUCCCAGGGUCAUAACGAGGAAUCCCCUUACUUUACAGAUCUCAACGGACACUUAAUGGCUGAACCGACGUGGCUCCUCCAACCAAGGGUCACCCUGCAGCUGAACAGGCGGCAAACCACCACGAAAAAACUGGUGCUGGACUUUACCACGUUCAUCUCCAAGCACAUCAGUGGUAGGGGAGAGCAGGAGGAUAUGAUUUCCUCCUGGGCCCUAAUACAGAGAGGAAGCCCUGGGAGAGUUCAGUCUGUGCUGGAGGGCUCUGAGGUCAGUCUGGGGUGUACAGUUAUCAGUUCAGGGUCACAGUCUUUGGAGUGGAUGCUCCCAGAUCUAUCUAUCCUGGAAGAAUCUAAUUCCCGGCUGGUGUCUGAGGGAGGCAGACUGGUCAUUAGGAAUGCUAGUGUGUCUGACUCUGGGCUGUAUCACUGUCUGGUCCGCACCGAGACUGACGUGGACAUGGUGCCUGUGAGGUUGACAGUAAAAGAACGCCUGCUCAGCCCGAGCACUCUAAAUGGGAAGAAGAUGGAAGUGGAGAGCGGGGAGUCCCUCUCACUCCCCUGCUAUGUGAACUCAGCACAGCCUAGCGAGACACGCUGGUACCUCCCUAAAAAUCAGAUCCUACAACCGUCGCAACCGAAGGGGAGGGUUUACGUCAAUCAAAAUGGAUCUCUGGUGAUCAAAAAGACAACUCAUGAGGACGCUGGGGAGUACAGCUGUUUGGCUGCUAACCUCUAUGGAGUAGACAUGUUGGCUCAUCUUGUGGUCGUCACAGGGGAGAAAGACUUGGAUGCAAAAGAAGAGGUUGAGAAACAAUCAUCUGGUGUUGAAACAGCCAGAGGAGAAUCACCUUUGUUUGGGAGUGAGGAGGAUGAAGGUGAAGGGUCGGGGUUCCAGGCGAUAAAAGGCCCCCAUGUUACACAGUCUCCUAAGAGGGUGGGUGGACAACAGAGGUACCCUGGAGGGCUUCUACGCCCUGGUAUGAAAGGGAAAAGGAUCAAGGAUAACAAGAGGAAAUCUAAUAAGUCUGUCAAGGAGCUCGACCCCAACCGCUGGGCUGAGAUCCUAGCCAAAGCUAACGCUAAGCCUCCGACACUACCGCCUACAAGACAAUCACUAACUACACCAACAACAAAAACAGCAACGACAAUGACAGCCAAAACCACUGUGACUACUCCUAAACCCACUACUACCACUACUACUACUACCACUACUACUCCUAAACCCACUACUACUCCUCCUACCACUACUACUCCUAAACCCACUACUACCACUACCACUACUACCACUACUACUCCUAAACCCACUACUACUCCUACUACCACUACUACUAGAAAAACUACAACAACUACAACCACAACAACAACAACUACUACUCCUCCUUCAACUACCAGAAAAACCACAACUAAAAAGCCCACCAAGAGCCAUUCUAAAACAAGCCACCACACAGAAACAGAAGGUGAAUUGGACUUUUCCGAAAAGCAACCUGAACUUUUACGACCUCCACCUAGAAAACAUGUGACACAGGCCCCAAAAGGGAAAGCACCACUUGUGCACCGUGGUAGAGGUAGAGGAGGUCCAAACCCAGAUUCAGACUCGGUCAUAAACCUGUCUGUUACAGAAACUCCUCAAUCCGUCACACAACCAGUGCAGCUAGAGGACAAGCAUGUGGGGAGGGAGACAGAGAGAGUGAACCAGAAGAACAAUCCUGUUUGGACAAACAGACGGAGACCCCCUUACAGACGGGGAAGACCCCCACAGAGACGGGUUCGACCUCAGAAACCCUCCCUCCCCUCAUCACACAAACCACAGGCGACACUCCCUCACCUCGCAACAAGAGUGGAAAAACAAGAAUCUACUGCAUUGCGAAAUGACAAUUUUAAAAUGGAGGACAAUAUUACAGAACACAUACCCACUAUUUCAACACAUGAUGACAAUGAGCCCGUUGAUCCAAUCAUUAAGCCCAGCACUGCAAUAGACAAAUCAGAUAGCAUUCACACAAAAUCAUUAACACCAGAGGUGAAAGACCCUAAUAUAUUUAACCCUUCAAACAGGGAGCAUGUGCCUGCACCAGAGACAAUCACCUCAGCAGAAAAUCUACCUCCCCCAACUGAGGUGCCUCGACAGGAGAGGACAUGGGAGAACUUAAAUAAACAGGAUGUUAUCAGACAGACUACCCAAAACAUGCAAACAUCCCCAAAGACAACAACAACAACAAAGCCCACUCGUAUUAAUUAUGACAUUAAUUUAAAACCUAAUUUGUCACAUGAUACGGUUGCAAUGGCAACACCAGUCCUGACUAAACCUGACAUUUCAGAUAAGGGAGCUGAAAAGCAAGAAACCCCUUUAACAAAAGUCAAUUUUCAAAAUCCAACUCCUAAAAAAUCACAAGAUAAGACACAAACACAUUUGAGAACCGUUGCAAAAGGCAGUGCUGCUCGGGAGGACAUUCUGAGGAACACACACAUAAACUCAGAUAAAAAGGAGGAGGAUCACUCUAAAAUUAAACCUGACAGUCCCAGUCUCCCCAUCCACCCCUGGAUCCACCAACAGCACGUCCAAAGGAGGGUUCAAACCACCCCUCCGUCCCGCGCUCCCACCCCCUAUUGGCCUUAUAGCCGCUUCCCAGUGUGGCCCUCAGUUCAUGGUUCAGGGCCACAUCCUGCCUUUACAGAGAGGCCCAGGCUUUUCCCCCACCCAGAGGGCCGGGGCGCUGGGGUCACCAAUCGACCAGAAAUCACAGCUGAGACUGUCAGGCCCACAGCAUUCAUCUCUGCUUCACCGGGCAGUGACAUGGCAGCCCCGCUGACCUCCCACCCACCCCACAGGGGCCCAGGCCCAGCUAGCAGGACCCGACAGCAGGACCUCUUAAUGCUCUCCAAGCUCAGAAACAGAUACAGACAGGCUCAGCUCGACCGCAUUUCACAGCUAGGGAAAAGAGUGACACCUAAGCCUAAGAUCAGUCACCCUACACCCAGACCUCACUACCAGCCUCCCACUCCGUCAUACAACUACUGGCCUGUGCCCCCCACCACCUCCCUCCCCAUGCCUACCAACAGGCCCUACUCCACAGCCAGUGUCCUGUACGGCAGCCACUGGCACUCCAGCCACUGGGGCCCGAGGAGGCUGAGCACGGCCCUGCCGUUCCCCAACCUGAUGGGUAGUGGGGUGAAGCCUAGGAUCACCUCUGUGAACACAGUCAGUGUGUCUGCCCUGGCUGAGGGCGAUGUGCUGCUGCCCUGUGAAGCAUCAGGAGACCCACAGCCAGUGCUCUCCUGGACUAAAGUCUCCACAGGUAUUUUCAACACUUUUAUUAUGAAAUACUUUGCAGGGUAGAAACAAUUAUUGCCUCUCUGUAAUGAAUUACAGUAUAGCCUCUCUGUAAUGCAUGGCAUAAAUAUUAUGACUUCAGGCUCUUGUGAGCUUACCAUAGUAAAAAAUAAUAUACAACAGAAACACUAUAUUUUACAAGCUUUUUAACAUUCUAGGAGGGGCAGAAAUAAUAUACAGUGGGGGAAAAAAGUAUUUAGUCAGCCACCAAUUGUGCAAGUUCUCCCACUUAAAAAGAUGAGAGAGGCCUGUAAUUUUCAUCAUAGGUACACGUCAACUAUGACAGACAAAUUGAGGGAAAAAAAAUCAAGAAAAUCACAUUAUAGGAUAUUUUAUGAAUUUAUUUGCAAAUUAUGGUGGAAAAUAAGUAUUUGGUCACCUACAAACAAGCAAGAUUUCUGGCUCUCACAGACCUGUAACUUCUUCUUUAAGAGGCUCCUCUGUCCUCCACUUGUUACCUGUAUUAAUGGCACCUGUUUAAACUUGUAAUCAGUAUAAAAGACACCUGUCCACAACCUCAAACAGUCACACUCCAAACUCCACUAUGGCCAAGACAAAAGAGCUGUCAAAGGACACCAGAAACAAAAUUGUAGACCUGCACCAGGCUGGGAAGACUGAAUCUGCAAUAGGUAAGCAGCUUGGUUUGAAGAAAUCAACUGUGGGAGCAAUUAUUAGGAAAUGGAAGACAUACAAGACCACUGAUAAUCUCCCUCGAUCUGGGGCUCCACGCAAGAUCUGAAGAGGAUUGGGAGAAUGUCAUAUGGUCAGAUGAAACCAAAAUAUAACUUUUUGGUAAAAACUCAACUCGUCGUGUUUGGAGGACAAAGAAUGCUGAGUUGCAUCCAAAGAACACCAUACCUACUGUGAAGCAUGGGGGUGGAAACAUCAUGCUUUGGGGCUGUUUUUCUGCAAAGGGACCAGGACGACUGAUCCGUGUAAAGGAAAGAAUGAAUGGGGCCAUGUAUCGUGAGAUUUUGAGUGAAAACCUCCUUCCAUCAGCAAGGGCAUUGAAGAUGAAACGUGGCUGGGUCUUUCAGCAUGACAAUGAUCGCAAACACACCGCCCGGGCAACGAAGGAGUGGCUUCGUAAGAAGCAUUUCAAGGUCCUGGAGUGGCCUAGCCAGUCUCCAGAUCUCAACCCCAUAGAAAAUCUUUGGAGGAAGUUGAAAGUCCGUGUUGCCCAGCGACAGCCCCAAAACAUCACUGCUCUAGAGGAGAUCUGCAUGGAGGAAGGGGCCAAAAUACCAGCAACAGUGUGUGAAAACCUUGUGAAGACUUACAGAAAACGUUUGACAUUUACAUUUUAGUCAUUUAGCAGACGCUCUUAUCCAGAGCGACUUACAGUUAGUGAGUGCAUACAUAAUUUUUUUUAUACUGGCCCCCCAUGGGAAUCGAACCCACAACCCUGGCGUUGCAAACGCCAUGCUCUACCAACUGAGCUACAUCCCUGCCGGUCACUCCCUCCCCUACCCUGGACGACGCUGAGCCAAUUGUGCUCCGCCCCAUGGGUCUCCCGGUCGCGGCCGGCUACGACAGAGCAUGGAUUCGAACCAGGAUCUCUAGUGGCACAGCUAGCACUGCGAUGCAGUGCCUUAGAACACUGCGCCACUUUGACCUGUGUCAUUGCCAACAAAGGGUAUAUAACAAAGUAUUGAGAAACUUUUGUUAUUGACCAAAUACUUAUUUUCCACCAUAAUUUGCAAAUAAAUUCAUUAAAAAUCCUACAAUGUGAUUUUCUGGAUUUUUUUUCUUAUUUUGUCUGUCAUAGUUGACGUGUACCUAUGAUGAAAAUUACAGGCCUCUCUCAUCUUUUUAAGUGGGAGAACUUGCACAAUUGGUGGCUGACUAAAUACUUUUUUCCCCACUGUAUGCAUGGGCUGAGACUCGAAAGGAUUAGACAUUUGUAAAAUAUAUUAACAAAAUAGCACCACCUGAGUGUGCUCAACUCAUGCCGUAAUAUUUGACAGAGAGACCCUUGACAAAAACUCCACAAUGAUUUACCGCAUUAACAUUUUGACGCAAGACUAAUCCAGAGUACCAAUGAUGUGCUUCUCUCUCCUUUCAACAACAGGUGCUACCGUCCAAGCCAACACAAAACAUGGACAGAGAUUUCAAGUUGUAAAGAACGGCACCUUUGUGAUUAAAAACGUUCAGCUACAGGACAGAGGCCAGUACCUCUGCACGGCACAGAACACAUUUGGCUCGGACCGAAUGGUCAUUACCCUGGCUGUGCUGACCCAGCCUCCCAAAAUCAUAGGUCCCCACUCCAGAGAGGUCCCAGUGUAUUUGGGGAAGGCUAUAAGCUUAGACUGUGUAGCCUCUGGCAAGCCCCAGGCUCAGAUCUCCUGGAUUCUUCCAGACAGGACCUUUGUGCGUGAUGUGGGAGCUCUUGACAGGUCAGCCUCUCUGCUGGCUAACGGCACCCUGAGGAUCCAAUCAGCCAACUUCUCCACUAAAGGCGACUAUAAAUGUAUCGCUAGCAAUGCGGCCGGGGCUGACACGGUGACUUUUCACAUCCACGUGGCAGCGCUACCGCCCACCAUCAAUGAGGAGGCCUCGGAGAGCAUCGUCAUCCAGGCAGGGAGAAGUGUGUACGUCCACUGCACUGCCAAGGGAGAGCCUGCGCCCAUGCUAAAGUGGACCCUCCCUGCAGGGGUACAUGUCAAACCUUCCCAGUUCCUCGGCAGAAGAAUGUUUGUCUUCCCCAAUGGGACGCUGUACAUCAAGAACAUCUCUCCAGCCGACUCGGGGAGUUAUGAAUGCUCUGUGACCAACGCAGUGGGCGCGGCCAGGAGAGUUCUGUACCUGGAGGCCAGGCAGGAGGUCCCCAGCCUGCGACAGUCACACCACCCCUCCCAAAAGCACAGAGUCACAGCCAUGUAUGGCUCCACUGUGUACCUGCACUGUCCAGAGUCCACUGGCUCUCCCCGUGGCACUCUGUGGCAGCUACCGUCCAAAACAUUGCUGGAACAUCGCUACAGGUAACUCCACCAUGCUAGUAAUCAAACCUAUAUAGGAGUUUUCCGAUAAAAAAUAAUACACUGUGCUGAUAUUGAUUCGAUAUCAGAGAUCUGAAGAAUUGUUAUAGUUAUUAAUUAAGCUAAAUUAUUUCACAAGACCUUUAGAAGUAAUAUUUUUUCCAUUAGUUCUAUCGGUUGAGAUUCUAUGCUAUCAUUCUAAUCGCUUUCCCCUCAGUGACCUUAUAAAGAACUUCUAAACUCUAUUUCAGCCCUCAAUUUCAGGGAGGUUAAAUCAAACGCAAUUAGUGUCAUUCAAAACAAGCUAACUGCUGGAGCCUGACCAAGGUCAACCAGCCUGUGGUUUCAGGGUCAGAAACCCUGAUGGGUCCCGCUGUCAGAGACUACAUUCUUAAAAAUUAGGUUCCAGUUGGAACUAAAUAAGGUUCUUCAGAGCGAUGCCAUAGGGGAAUCAUUUUAGAUUCUCUGAAGAACCUUAAAUGGGAUGGUUCUUUGAAGAACUACACACACUCAACACCUUAUUUUAUGCAGAUAAGGUGCUGAGCCUUAUUUGCAUAUUGACCAGGGUGCCUUUUGAGUGAAUUUUAGAGUUACCAGUACCACCCAUGACUGUGCUUGCUAGUGAAAGAGAAAUGGUUGCUGCAUUCAUUCAUUUUCAGUCCUGUGGCCUUCACCAAGUGAGAUCCUAAGUGAAUGUGUUGUCAUUCAAAUUAAAUUAUUUAAGACAAUACAAUACCUAUUUCAUAAAGCCUUAUUUUGCGGGCCUACUUUUACCCUAAUACAGUGGCCUUUCAUAGUUUACAGGCAACAUUAGGCAUGCCAGUCACAUUAUGCUGGCUUGCAAAGUGAUGUGUAAUUCCUAUUGGAAUCCACCCAGAGUGGGGAUAGCCAAAAUCCGGGAGAAUUUUUUUUGUCCGCAACCUGCAUUCAAAAUGACUGCCAGGGUUGGGAAGACUAAGAUAAGAGACUACCUAAAGCAUCUAAACUGAAACAACAAUUUUAGUAACGGGUGCAAUAAGUCCAAGUAACAGAUUUGAUUAGUUUAGAAAAAAAUAUGUUAUUUAUAUUUGAGUAGCAUAAGAUUAAUUAAUCAAUCAAUGUACAUGCAAAAACAUAGAUAUAAACCUAAAAAUCAACCUGCAAUAGAGAAUGCUGGGAAAUAUGAUAAUGAUAGGCGUGGUUUUGGUUAAACUCUGGUUAUUAACACCAACACUUGGGUUAUUUUACACCACUGAGUAUUCAUUUAACUCUUUACAGUUUUAAUUUAUCUCUUGAAUCAACACUACAAAUGCUACACUGAAAUAUCAACACUAGUUAAAACUGGCCAAUUUGCUGUGUGCUAUGAAAGGGACCGGCUUCCAUACAUUUCAAGAACCUUUUAGAAUUCUGAUGAACCGUAGAUGCCACGUCAAGAACCCCACACUGAACUCAAAGGUUCUUUAUCGGGCAAAAGUUCUCCAAGGAAGAACCUUCAUUUUUUCCCGUCUAAAAAUAUCCUUACGGUCAAUUUGCAGGGCAUCUGUCGAGUACACCCAAUUAAUUCCUGCUCAUCAUGGUUUCCCAAACAGUGGAACGCUAGUAGCACAGAAUUCAGUAAGACAAGAGAAGCAGGAAAUGAGAGAAGCACUGUUGUACAGAUACAAAGUAUCUAUUGUGCAGUUACAUUAUGUAAUUGCACAAUAAUUGAAAAUCCAGUGUAACUAAAUGGUUAAAAUGUUUGCACAUAAUGUUAUUAGAAUGUAUCUUACAACAUAAUAAAUAUUAAAUUGUUCUCAAUGUCACUAAAAUCAUAUUGUAUUUGUGAUAAAAAAACAGACUUCCGCCGAAGUUGGUGCCUCUCCUUGUGCGGGCGGCUAUUGGCGGUCGUCGUCACCGGCUUUCUAGCUGCCACCGAUCUACGUUUCUGUUUUCCAUUUGUUUUGUCUGUAUUGUACACACCUGGUUCCCAUCACGUUAAUUUGUUUCCCUAUUUAACCCUCUGGUUCCCUCAUGGUGUUGUGCGUGAUUGUUCUUUGUUUGGUGUUUAUACUGCUGUGAGCUGAUGUAUUUCCCUGCGUGGAAAUUAGAUUUGUUGUUUUUCGAGUAAAGUUUGUCUAUUACUCAGUUCUGUGUCCUGCGCCUGACUCUGUCCUACCGCUGCACACUGACACCUGACAGAAUCACGCACCACCUAUGGAGUCAGCAGGUGCACCCAGUCCUCUGGUACCGGUGGAGGAGCGCGUCCAGCAGCACACGACUAUGCUCCACAAUCUGGGCACAGCAAUGGAUCGCGUGCUGCACACCAUGGAGUGAUGGGAGAGAGAGGGUUUUUCCACACCCCCAUCAACUUCACCUCAACCCACACCGCUGUCCACCCCUCCGUCACCUGGACCCAGUGGGAUUCGGCUCUCGCUGCCGAAGGCCUAUGAUGGGAUGGCUGCCGGGUGCAAGGGGUUCCUGCUCCAGGUGGAGCUCUACCUGGCGACCGUCCACCCGGAUCCCUCGGGUUACGAGAGAGUGUCCGCCCUCAUCUCCUGUUAGUCGGGGAAAUGCUAGAGUGGGCCAACGCCAAAUGGGGAGGGAUAGACGCUACGUUGGUUCGCUACGAGGAUUUCACCCGCCGUUUCCGGGCGGUCUUUGAUCAUCCGCCUGAGGGGAGAGCGGCGGGGGAACGUCUGUUCCAUCUCAGACAGGGGAAGAGGAAGAGGAGCGCACAGGACUUCGCUCUGGACUUCAGGACCCUGGCUGCCAGCACGCGAUGGAAUGAGAGGACCCUGAUCGACCAUUACCGGUGUAGUCUACAGGAGGACGUUCGUCGGGAGCUGGCCUGCAGGGACACCACCCUUCCACUCGACCAGCUGGUAGAUUUAUCCAUCCGGCUGGAUAACCUGUUGGCCACCCGCGGACGUCCGGAUCAGGGUCCGUCCAUUCCAUCCCCCAGCACCUCCGACCCUACCCCUAUGGAGCUCGGAGGUGCUGCUCUAAGGGUGACCGUUUCCUGCACCAAGUGUGGCCGCAGAGGGCACACUGCUGGUCGGUGCUGGGGAGGUUCCCCAGGGAGUCGAGGCAGCAGGCAGGGCACUGGUGGAUCAUCCCAGGUGAGUAGGCACCCAACUCACCCAGAGCUCCCUGUUGCGCACACGUAUGUCUGUAUAAGGUUUCCUGAGUUUUCCCCGCAUUCCCAGCAUAAGGCGCUAGUAGAUUCAGGCGCAGCUGGGAACUUUAUUGACUGUGCAUUUGCACUUAGAUUAGGGAUCCCUAUUGUUCCUGUUGAUGUGCCCUUUCCUGUACAUGCCUUAGAUAGUCGUCCUUUAGGAUCAGGCCUGAUUAGGGAGGUCACAGCUCCAUUAUGUAUGAUAACGCAGGAGGGUCAUGAGGAGAGUAUUAGUCUCUUCCUGAUCGAUUCUCCUGCGUUUCCUGUGGUGUUGGGGCUUCCCUGGUUCGUGGCAACAGAGGGCUCUGAAGGGAUGGUCACGUCAGUGCUCAAGGAGGUGUGUAGGUGUUUCCGUAGGUGCAACUUCGGUGGAAAGUCCAAACCAGGUCUCCCCCAUGCACAUUCCCCCCGAAUAUGCCGAUUUGGCUCUCGCCUUCUGUAAAAAGAAGGCGACUCAAUUACCACCCCAUCGACGGGGGGAUUGUGCGAUACAUCUCCAGGUAGACGCAGCACUUCCCAGGAGUCACGUGUAUCCUCUGUCACAGGAGGAGACGGCGGCUAUGGAAACAUAUGUCUCUGAAUCUCUGGGACAGGGAUACAUUCGGCCUUCCACUUCACCUGCCUCCUCGAGUUUCUUUUUUGUGAAGAAGAAGGAUGGAGGUUUACGCCCGUGCAUUGACUAUCGGGGUAUAAAUCAGAUCAGGGUGAAGUACAGUUACCCGUUGCCUCUCAUAGCCAGUGUGACCGAGUCAUUGCACGGGGCUCCAACCACGGUAAAGGAAGUGCAGCGGUUCAUGGGGUUUUCCAACUACUCCCGGAUGUUUAUCCGGUGCUUUGGUCAGGUAGCGGCUCCCAUUACCUCCUUGCUGAAGGGGGGACCAGUGCGACUGCAGUGGUCAGCUGGGGCGGACAGGGCUUUUGGUCACCUGAAGGCUCUGUUUACCUCGGCUCCCGUGCUGGCUCAUCCGGAUCCCUCUUUAGCAUUCAUAGUAGAGGUGGACGCGUCCGAGGCUGGGAUAGGAGCUGUGCUGUCUCAGCGCUUGGGUACGCCACAAAAGCUCCGCACCUGUGCUUUCUUUUCGAAGAAGCUCAGCCCGGCGGAGCAAAACUAUGAUGUGGGGGACUGGGAGCUGUUAGCUGUUGUCAAGGCUCUGAAGGCAUGGAGACAUUGGCUUGAGGGGGCUAAACAUCCUUUCCUCAUUUGGACUGACCACCGCAAUCUGGAGUACAUCCGGGCGGCGAGGAGACUGAACCCUCGCCAGGCAAGGUGGGCCAUGUUUUACACCCGUUUUGUUUUCACCCUAUCCUACAGACCAGGUUCCCAGAACGCUAAGGCAGACGCUCUGUCCCGGAUGUAUGACUCAGAGGAGCGGUCCACGGAUCCCACUCCCAUACUUCCAGCUUCUUGCCUGGUGGCACCGGUGGUAUGGGAGGUUGACGCGGACAUCAAGCGGGCGUUACGUACGGAGCCCACUCCCACCCAGUGUCCGGUUGGGCGUCUGUAUGUUCCGUUUGAUGUCCGUGAUCAAUUGAUCAAUUGGGCCCACACUUCACGCUCCUCUGGUCAUCCUGGCAUCGGUCGGACAGUGCGCUGUCUUAGUGGGAAUACUGGUGGCCCACUUUAGCUAAGGAAGUGAGGGUUUAUGUUUCCUCCUGCUCGGUGUGCGCCCAGUGCAAGGCACCUAGACACCUGCCCAGAGGGAAAUUACAACCCCUACCCGUUCCACAACGGCCGUGGUCACACCUAUCGGUGGACUUCGUGACGGAUCUCCCUCCGUCACAAGGUAACACCACGAUCCUGGUCGUUGUGGAUCGGUUUUCUAUGUCCUGCCAUCUCCUUCCUUUGCCCGGUCUCCCUACGGCCCUACAGACUGCGGAGGCUCUGUUUACCCACGUCUUCCGGUACUACGGGGUGCCUGAGGAUAUAGUGUCUGAUCGGGGUCCACAGUUCACAUCGAGGGUCUGGAGGGCAUUCAUGGAACGUCUGAGGGUCUCGGUCAGCCUGACCUCAGGUUUUCACCCCGAGAGUAAUGGGCAGGUGGAGAGAGUUAACCAGGAUGUGAGUAGGUUUCUGCGGUCUUAUUGCCAGGACCGGCCAGGGGAGUGGGUGGCUUUCAUCCCCUGGACAGAGAUGGCCAAAAACUCCCUCCGCCACUCCUCCACUAACAUGUCUCCAUUUCAGUGUGUACUAGGGUAUCAGCCGGUUCUGGCACCGUGGCAUCAGAGCCAGAUCGAGGCACCUACGGUGGAUGAAUGGUUUCAGCGCUCGGAGGAGACCUGGGACGCUGCCCAUGUGCGCCUGCAACGGGCCAUCAGGCGACAGAAGGCAAGUACCGACCGCCACUGCAGUAAGGUGCAUACACCGGGGGACCGGGUCUGGCUCUCGACCCGAAAUCUGCCCCUUCGCCUGCCCUGCCGGAAGCUGGGUACGCAGUUUGUGGGGCCAUUUAAAGUCCUGAGGAGACUGAACGAGGUUUGUUAUAGGUUACAGCUCCCCCCGAUUACCGUAUUAACCCCUUGUUCCAUGUGUCUCUCCUCAGGCCGGUGGUGGCUGGUCCGCUCCAGCAGUCUGAGGUAUGGGAGGUUCCUCCGCCCCCGCUGGACAUCGAGGGGGCCCCGGCGUAUACUGUGCGAGCCAUCAUGGAUUCUAGGCAUCGGGCGAGGGGCCUUCAGUACCUCGUGGAGUGGUAGGGGUACGGUCCGGAGGAGAGAUGCUGGGUGCCGGUGGAGGACAUCCUGGACCCUUCCUUACUACAGGAAUUUCCCCGUCUCCACCCAGAUCGUCCUGCGCCUCGUCCUCCGGGUCGUCCCCGAGGUCGGUGUCGGUGCUCUGCUGGAGCCGCGCGUCAAGGGGGGGUACUGUCACGACUUCCGCCGAAGUUGGUGCCUCUCCUUGUGCGGGCGGCUAUCGGCGGUCGUCGUCACCGGCUUUCUAGCUGCCACCGAUCUACGUUUCUGUUUUCCAUUUGUUGUGUCUGUAUUGUACACACCUGUUUCCCAUCAUGUUAAUUUGUUUCCCUAUUUAACCCUCUGGUUCCCUCAUGGUGUUGUGCGUGAUUGCUAUUUGUUUGGUGUUUAUACUGCUGUGAGCUGAUGUAUUUCCCUGCGUGGAAAUUAGAUUUGUUGUUUUUCGAGUAAAGUUUGUCUAUUACUCAGUUCUGUGUCCUGCGCCUGACUCCGUCCUACUGCUGCACACUGACACCUGACACCAGGGGUUGGAACCAAAAUUAUUUUCCAAUCGUUUUGUUCUGAACAGAACCAUUAUUAUUUUUUGUGACGUUCCACUGUUCCGAGCAGCAAAAUAAAGUUCUGAACCAGUUAGAACCCCCAAAAAGUACUAGUUUAUAUCGUUCCUUAUUGUUUCUUUUUAAACCUCUGAAAUAUACUUUUUUUUUUUACAUUUAGCAUUAAACAUUAAAUUAUUUCACUAAUCAGUGAGGAUAGAGGAGUUUGCUGUGGAGUGGGUAAGUGAUUUAAUCUGUAUAGGAAAGUCGUUAAGAGCUAAUUGUAUUUUGCCGUAACAGCAUGGUUUAAUCAUAAUGAAAGACAAGCACACACACUGUGCUGCCAGUCACAGUGUAGGGUGUGAGAUGCAACAGAAAUGUUAAGGGUGAGGAGAGAGGGUGGAGGAAGCUUGCCUUGAAGCACUUUGUUGCGAUUUUUGUGGGACUGGAAAGAAUUGCCAGUAAUGUAAAAUAAUGUUAUUAACCGGUUCCCAAGCUUUUAAAAUAACGGUUCUGUUCCCAGAACAGUAUAGAUCACUUUCGUUUUCGGUGCUGGUUCUGUUCCUCAAGUAAUUCUUAUUUUCCGGUUUUCUGUUCUGUUCUCUGAACCGGUUCCAACCCUUGUUAAAAAUUGUAAUAUUGUUUGUCUAUUUCUUUCAUUCUCAGCCCUGAGAGAUCUGUCACCGUGUUCUCCAAUGGAACCUUACGGAUCCUGCAGCUGACUGAAAAGGAUGGAGGUAGCUACCUGUGUUUGUUCCAGAGGCCCAACGGUGAGGACAUGGAGUUGUUCCAGGUGGAGGUGCUCAUGAUGCCACCUAAGAUCGAACAUCUGGCCACAGCUCAGAAGAGGGUGACCUCCGGGGAGAACUUCCAGGUGGACUGUGUUGCCUCAGGCCUCCCUGACCCAGAGGUGUCCUGGAGCCUCCCUGAUGGAACCAUGAUCAACAACGCCCUACAGUCGGACGACAGCGGCACCCGUUCUCGCCGCUAUGUCAUCUUCGGGAAUGGAACACUGUUGCUGCAGCAGAUGGGAAAGAAGGAUGAGGGGGACUAUACAUGCCAUGCUAAGAAUGAACUGGGUGAGGAUGAGAUGAAGGUGAGUGUCAAAGUAGGCCCUGACUCCCCCCGAAUCACAUCCAAGGCUCAGCUGUUGCUCACGGUCCAACUAGGAGAGUCUGCUUAUAUGACGUGUCAGGCGACUGGGGAGCCUCCACCGACUAUUGUGUGGCUCUCUCCAAGCAAUGACGUCAUCACAUCCUCUUCAACCAAAUACCAAAUCUUAGAUGAUGGGACUUUGGUGAUAAAGAAGGUGACUUUGGCCGACCAAGGGAAGUAUGCUUGUGUGGCAAGGAGUUCUGCUGGGGAUGACAUCAAAAACAUGAAGAUACAAGUAGAACCAAGAGAGCCACACAUCAAUGAACAAGGUGGAAGAAGCAGUAUGAAAGUGUUGGCAGUAUCUUAUCAGACAACACUGCUCGACUGCAGAGCGGAGGGCAAGCCUGAACCACGCGUCUCUUGGGCCACACCCUAUGGCCUCUCUCUGCCAACACCUUACCUGGGAGGACGCUUCCAAGUCCACAAGAACGGGAGUCUAGAGCUACGUGGAGUGAGGAAGACAGACGAGGGUCAGUAUGUGUGUCUGGCCAAAAAUUACUUGGGAGAAGCAAGCCUGGCAAUUGAGCUAGAAGUGUCAUCCAUAGCAGAGAAGCCAAGCUUCGCCAUGCCAAACAUCGAGAUUUUACCAAUAAAGCAAGAUGGAAGUGAUGUCACUCUGGAGUGUCCUGCCCGCGGUAAGCCAAACCCAGAGUUUGUUUGGAUCCUGCCAAAUGGCACAGCGCUGACGCCAGGCACUAGACUUCAACGCUUCACUCACUAUAGAGGAAACGGGACGUUGCGCAUCACCCAGCUAGUGACAGCUGACAAAGGGGUUUACCGUUGUCUGGCGAAAAACGUGGCUGGGACAGCAGAGAAGCGAUACGCUCUAGAACCAGGAAGAAAGCCUGUGAUUCGAGGCACAACAGGGGGCAUGAAGAUCACGUUUGGCCAAAUUCUGAACCUGCCGUGCUCUGUGGAUGGCUGGCCACAGGCCUCAAUCACAUGGUCCUUACCAAACGGCCUGGUCCUGGACAAGCCCCAGGUUAUUGGGAGAAUUACAUUUUUAUCAAACGGCACGCUUCAACUCAGAGAGGUCGCCACAUUUGACAGGGGAACCUACGUCUGCAAGGCCACCAACACAUUUGGGUCAUCUGCGUUGUCAUACCCAGUUGCAGUUAUGGUGUAUCCUCCAAGUAUCACAAAUGCACCACCUUCCAUCACUCGAGUCCACAGAGGCUCACCAGUAACACUUAACUGCAUCGCUGCAGGCAUACCAAAGCCUGAAAUAACAUGGACUCUACCUGGAAGAACCACACUUGUUCCCAACAACCGUUUCACGGCACAGGGAGGAAUUCACAUGACAGUUGAGGGCAGCUUGGUCAUACAAGUCCCAGUGCUUAUGAACUCAGGGAUUUACAAAUGCAAUGCAAAAAAUGCUCUAGGAAGUGACUUCAAAGCAACAUAUCUUCAGGUGAUCUGA